AUGUCAGUUACUUAUUUUGACACACUUAGAAAAAAUUAUGCGGAUGUACCAAUAACCGAAGAUGGUAUUGGCACUGAAGCAUUUUUGGAAGCUACUGAAGGGUUGGUCAGGUUAUUUGAUCUUCUUGGAUCUGCGGCUUUCAAUGUUGUUCAGAGCGACAUGAAUGGCAAUAUUAAGAAAAUUAGAGAACGUUAUGAACACGAUUUUGAAAAAAGUAGAACACUUGAAAUGUUGGUUAUUAAUGAACAAGGAGAAAAGAAACGCAUAGCCACUGAAGGGCUAUUAUGGUUAAAAAGAGGUUUAGAAUUUACAUCUGUAGCCUUACGUCGUUCAAAGAGUAACAAAGACGAAGAAUUAUCAGCUUCCUUCACACAAGCAUAUGGCUUAACCUUGAAAAAACAUCAUAGUUUCGUAGUUCGUCCUGUCUUUGGACUUGCUAUGAAAGCGGUUCCUUAUCGUGCAGAAUUUUUCAAGAAGCUUGGAGACGAUGAAGUGAAAAUAAACGAACAAUAUGAAAUCUGGUUGCAAGCACUCGAAAAAAUUGUCGUUAAACUAAACCAAUUUUACGUAACGGGUUCCUAUGAUAAAGGAUUUUAG